AUGCCACCCAAGAGACGCGUCAUUGACGUCGACGUGGAUGAUUCUGAUAUCAUCGAGAUCCAUUCGACAUCACUCACAGCCCCGCGUCCGCCCAAGAACCCCAGGACCAUGCCGCCAGGCGCAAACUCGGUUCAAGGCUCAAGUGCUCCUAGGCCUGCAUCCGGCGUCGCUACUCCUGCGUUCCCCAACAAGUUCUUCACACUCAGCAUCGGUACAAAUUCGACAGCCAGCCUAUUCUUUCCCGAUCGCACCCUCGCGACCAUCGCUGAACUCCGCCAGCUUGAGAUCCACGCCGUUAUGGAGGCUUUCCAGACCAAUGUCCCCAUCAAUCCACACUAUCGAUACACUAUGACAUCCGACACCGCCGUCGGCUCAGCCACAGACUUCUCCUCUCUCCCGGUCGGACAGAGCACACCGUCACUAAGCUUUGCAAACGCCCGUCUGCUCCACCAAUUUCUGGCUAGGAAUUCUCGACUUGCUGAGAAGAAUGAGAAGCCCAAAUUCGUCCUGUUAGCGCCUAUUAAGGGAGUCAAGAAUCCAAAGUUCGCUCAUCUGCAUGCCGUGAGGUAUGAUGAGGUGGGGUGUGGGUUCGAUGAGGAUAAUUGUCUCAGUCUAUUUGUGUCGGAAUUGGUGGAGGGUGAGAGGCACACCAAGGUACUAUAUGUGGAGAGGACGAAAGUGGAGGUGAUCAAGGAGGCGAAAGUGCCCACAGUGGUGGAGGGUGUCAAGGCGGAGGGAGGGAGUUGA